AUGCCGAGACUCAUGCCUGCAGGUGUAGCGCUGCCUCGUCUGGUGGAGAUGCUGUCGCGGUAUACUGUUCAUGUGGACCCUGAAAUCAUUCACUCGGCUUCCCAGGCGUUAGUACGUAUUGCCCAACAGAUCGACAGCCAGACAGUGGUCACCGGUUACUCUCGUUUUGUCUAUCGCAUCGAAGAUAAAUUUGGUGAUAUCAUGGCUUCCCUUGCUGCCGGACCGCUCACCGGGAUCUCGUCGGCUGGUUCUUGGGGAAGUUUAAAACUGUACAUCGAUUUACUGGCCAUUUGGGUGAAGCAAAUCGAUUUUAGCUCGUUGAGAGACGUCGACAAGGAUAGUAGUAAAGGAGACAGUGUGGGGUCGGAUCUUUUGCAACUGUUCAGUAUGGUCGAAGAAACCGAAGCGAAUGGUCUGUUGUUCCUGUGCCAUCAAUCUUCCAUUGCACGAAAAUCCGCGAUCGAGAUUAUUAAACUCGCAUCUCAGUUGCACGAGCACCUGGAACAACUGACAAGACAAGAAGAUCCCAAUACCCGAUUUGGCCGUGUUUUAUCCCAAGUUCACGCCACACUGAAGAAGAAUAAAUCAUAUACCCGAAUGCACGAUCUGCUUACAGCGGUGGGCCAAGAAUUGGUCACCACCGAGAAAGAUGGCAAUAAAUUGCUUGGCACGCGCAUCUCUACCGAAACAAGGACCCGUCUUCAACAGCUGCAACGUCGAGGCGGAACUCACAUCCUCACUCAAAUCGUGGAAAGUCAUCAUGCCACCGACAACGCUAUCUGGAAUACAUGCUUACCUUCCAUCAUCAAACGAUGUUUUGAGUAUUUUCCCGCCACGGUCGCUUUGUGUCGCCAGAACAUCUGCAUACGGUUGCUGCAGAUUCAACCGUCUAUUAUGGCCACCAUUGAAACCCUGAAAGCCGGGACAGCCGGAACCUUGAGCAUGGCAAAGAGCAGUAGCUCCAACCAAAAGGCGGCGAGUCCAGAAACCAUUGAACAAUGGAAAGUCUAUCUUAUCUUCGCUUGCGCCACCGCGACACUUUCAGGCGAUCGAUCGCCUACCGCGACGUGGGCCAACAGUGGACGCAAAGGAUCGGCUGUGGUGGAAAAAAUUGCCACCCCCAAAGAUCUGUUCCGCAUGAUCUUGCAGUUUUUGACCUGCGAGCAUCGCGCCAUUCGCGAGGGAGCGAUUCAAGGCCUGGGCAAUGUGAACAAGGAAACGUACAAAAUCCUGAUGACCGACCUAGAACCUUAUGUACGGACUAUUCUGGACGACGGAAAGCAUCGAAACAACCAAAAACCGUAUCAGAAUAAGCGCAGCAAAAAGCAUGAUCGUUUACGACUGUCUUUGCUCCAUGUGCUUGACUUGACAGCCAACUGUCUUUCUGAUCGUCGAUACCUGGAGGAUAAGAAUGUGAUGAAUAUCGUCAUGAGUUAUGUCAAGGAAACCAAAUCGUUUCUAGCCGAUGCUGAAGUCCAAAAUGAGUGGGAAUACCAUAAACUGCGAAUUUAUCUGUGUGGUCUGGUGGAAAAACUGUACGAAAACAUCAUGCGUCUGGAAGAACCGUCGGGGAUCAUGUCCUUUGAAACCCGUUUAAGCCUGUACAAGAAAUUCGAAGAAUGGUGUGGUUACGGUGUUUACUCGAAUGCCACGCGUGCGCGUGAAGCGGCCAUGAUGAGAGAUGUCUUGGAAGAAUGCAAAGACUCGCGUGAACGGGCAAGUAUCUCUCAGUUGAUGGAAGAAGAACGAAAAGCGCUGGAAGCUGCCGCUUUGAGUGCCAUGGCCACACUUUGUCGUGGACCCCUUUACGCGUUCUUGGGACAAAAGAAGGCCCGUCAAGCCGUGAUUCAGUUCGAUAUGCUUAAUGUAUUGCGAUGGAUUGAUGCCGUUUUCGAAAGCCAUGAACCGAGAUAUAUUCAAAUCGCAAGACGUGCAUUGGAAGCCAUCUUGAUCUACAAUCAGGACCAACCUUUACUACUAGACGAUGUCAUUGAGCAAUGUUAUGCGGGCAACCCCAAACUCGAAUUCACCCAAGGAUAUUUCCAAGCGUUGGCGGAUAUCGUGAUUCAAGUCGAGGACUAUCCUUGCCACAUUCAUCAAAUCAUGAGCUUGGCGUUAUUCAAAGCUGGCGAUACGAAAAAAUCGAUUCGCAAGUCCGCCAUUCAUCUACUACGUGUGGUGGAAGAACGCGUGUUUGCUGAUUCAUGCGCCAAAGAAUACGAAAUUGGCAUUAUGAGCAGUUUGCCGGCCAUUUACAAACAUACUCAAACGUUGUUGUCGGCGAGACUCGCGGUGGAUCAUUGUGAGCAGACGUAUUCCAUGUUAUCCGAGAUCACGCAACGGUUUGAGCACAUCAGUCCCAAUAGUCAACGCGAGGUCCUUGUGUAUAUGCUGCCGUGGUUGCGAAAAAUCGAUUUUCCCAUCGGACCCCAAGAUACCGAACUGAGCGCUUCGGCUUUCAUGGUGCUUUCCAACUUGUUUUACAUCACCAUUAAAUUUGGUGACAUCUAUGUGAAGGAAAUUGCGGCGUUGUGGAGUCAACUGGUGGAUCACGGACGUAAUGUACGCGCCAUUAUCAUGUAUCUUCUGGAUAUGGGAAUGGAGAAACGCAAUCCUUGGUUCCUCAUUCACGCCAAGCGGGUGUUUGUCUGUCUUGGUCGUACAUCGGCUUUCAACCGCGUUGUGGAAGAAAUUAUCGCGGAAAUCACGCCUCGAUCCAUGGUGCCUCAACUGCAGGAAACCAGUAACCGUCAUGCCAAUGCUUUCCCUCUUUUAUUUGUGGCCGAUACCGAAAAAGUGUUACCUGCGUAUCCAAAGCGCCCCGUUUUCUCUCGCGGUCAAUUAGCCAUGGUAUUUCUGGUGGAUUUGGCCAUUGAAGCCGGUGCGGAUCUAGCGCCUCAUCUCCCACUGCUGUUGCACAGUAUUUUUGUCCAAUUGGAUCACUUGACAAGCAUUGUAUGCGAUCAAUCACGAUGUUUUCUGAUCAACCUGAUUCAUUCUAUCGUCGUUCGACAAUCCAUGGAUUCGGAAGCGUCCAGCAAGGCCACGGAAGUGAUUCAGUGGCUGACUGCAAAAGAAGGCAAACGAUUAUGGGCUUACGAGAACAUUACGCCGAAAAACCGACGUUUGCAAAGCACCGAGGAAUUGAAGAACUUGUUACAAAAGGUGGUGGCUGUUUUCUCUCAUGAAGAUCCUGAUCUGAGGCAAAAAUGGGGUGAAACCGCACUAAAAUGGGCUACCUGUUGCUCAGUCCGUCACAUUGCGUGCCGCUCCUUCCAGUGUUUCCGAGCUUUGAUGCCGGUGUUCAACCAACACAUGCUUGCAGACAUGUUGGCACGCUUGUCGAAUACCAUUGCGGAUAAAUCGGAUGAAAUCCGGGGUUUUGCUCUGGAGAUUAUCUUGACGUUGACCGAGGUGGCGACAGCGAUGGAGGCUUCGCAGAUGGAACAUUUCCCGCAACUGUUUUGGGCGGCGGUGGCAUGCUUGUACACGUCGCAUGAAUCGGAGCAUACAGAAGCGUUACUGUUACUGGAAGUGGUGAUCAAGAAAUACGGGUUCACCAAUGCAUUAGCCGACAGCUUCCCCAAAAACUGGCAAAGUGAGUUCGAUGGUCUGCAGCCCUUGCUUGUCAAAGGGCUUCAAUUCGCUUCAGCAGAAAAGAAGACGUUUGAUAUCCUGAUGACGAUCAUGCUCAUCGACAACCCACCGCUGAUGGAUCCUUCCGAGACGCGGAUGAUGUAUUUAUUGCUUGGGUCGAUUCCUCGCUUAUUACACGGUCUUGACGCCGACAAUGAACUGGAUUCCGAAGCGAUUCAGUUGGCCAACCAACUGGCGCAAUUGUUUGAACGCUACGGACUUACCAAUGUCCAGCGCAUCCUUGCCACUUAUCCCAAACAAAAGAAGAAGUUCCAAGAGGAUUACCUGAAACAACUACUGGAAGCGAUUCGCGACGUAUUUCUCAGCACAUAUGGGCAGCAAGCUUUCAUUUAUACCCUGCUACUACUGAAUAACCAACAACCUCACUACCGAGAAAAAGGUCUUAUGCUUGCCACCAGUCUUAUCCCUAUUAUCACGCGAAACACGUCCCUAUCCACCAUUGCCGUCCCCAUCUCGAUUUUGCAACCUUUACUACAACUGAUGCAGAGCGACCUUGCCGACAAAGCGCUCAGUAUACUCAGUACCGGUCUGCUUGCGGAAGCAGGCUCCAGUUCGACGACGUCAGAGGAAGACGUGAUGGAUGAGAUCUACGAUCCACUGCAUGGCUUUGCCAAUGCCACUGUAGCAGCGCGUGUGACACGGCACAAUGUCCAUGCGGUCGUAUUUGAAUGCUCGUCUGUCACCAACGAAACGGUGAUUGAACACGAUAUUCAGUUCUCCAUUGAAGAUUUCACGAUGCUUACAGGCGAACCUGCUGGCAGCGAAGGGGAGGAGGCGCGCGGUUAUGCUGGUCACCGUACGGAAGCGGCCAACAAGAGUAUGAUGGAAGGCCAAGCGUACGGUGAAGAUCUCAUGAAUGCUCUCAAAGAUUUGGACGACUUUUUCAACGAAGAUGUGGAAACGCUUUCCCCGUCGUCAGGUUCUCUGCUAUCGUUCCAUUGCGCCACAAACGGUCAUCAUCGGAAUGCCAGUUCGAGUUCCUAA